CGGGAGCAUGCUGCACGCAGCUCCUUCUUCAAUUGGUGGUACUUUUGCUUAGCCGUUGGUACCACCAUGGCUCUCGGUGGAGUUGGAUAUAUCCAGGAGUCCUUUGGUUGGGCAAUUGGAUACGGUAUGUUAUGCACCACGGUGCUCUGCGCCGCCAUUGUGUUCCUCAUUGGAACCUCUACCUACCGCCUAUACACGCCCACCUCUGGCGCCAACAACCCCGUCAUGCUCCUUGCUCGGAGCAUUGUGUCAUGGCUUGUCAAGGAAACCCGACAGGAGGAAGAAGCGGCUGCUAUAGCCAAGGAGGUAGAGGAGGCGCACAGCAUGCUGCACCUGUUGUCUAUCUGGGCGGCGUGCCUAUCCUAUGGUAUGGUGUUUGCGCAAAUCAUGACGCUGUUCAACAAGCAAGGUCGCACCCUAGACCGUCACAUCAUUGGCUGCCUAGAGUUGCCGUCUGCCGCCCUGCUGCUGUUUGGCCCGGCAACAAUCCUUGUGUUUGUUCCUUUCUAUGACAGGGUGUUGGUGCCAUUGCUUCGCUCCAUGACGGCCAAUCCAUCGGGGUUGACGUUGCUGCAACGCUUGGGAUCAGGCAUAGCUAUGUCGCUUGCGGCGGUGUCAACAGCGGCACUUGUGGAGUCUCGGCGGUUAAAGGUGGCCCGCGAGCAUGGUCUAGUGGAUGUUGCCGGUGCCACUGUGCCAAUGAGCUGGAUGUGGCUGCUGCCGCAGCAUGUGAUGAUGGCGACGGCAAGCGUGUUCGCCGAAGUCGGGAUGCAGGAGUUCUUCUACGACCAGAUGCCACACGAGCAGCGCAGCUUGGGCCUGGCGCUCUACUACAGCGUCUUGGGCAUCGGCAACUUCAUCAGCGUCUUCCUCAUCUCCCUCAUUGACCGCAUCACCAGGAGCGCCGGCGGGGAUAGCUGGUUCGCGGACAACCUUAAUCGUGCUCACCUUGACUACUUCUACUGCUUGCUCGCUGGCCUUAACGCUGUCGGCUUUGCCCUCUUCCUCUGGCGCGCAAGCUCCUAUGCCUACAACAACAACAACAAGAUGCUUUGCUGACGUCACAUGCUUCAUGGAUUCGUCGAAUAAAUUUCCUGGUUAUUUAGUGUAUUGAGUUACAGCCAUACUCAUCAAAUAACUAGGAAAUUUAUUUAUGUUC